AUGGUGAUGAGACUCGUCGAGGUUGAUAACCUACAAGGGGCCAUAUUGUUCCGAACCGCCGUUUUCAAAGCGAACGAGGGCUUGGUCUGGACGGUGUCGCUCUAUGUGGAAUUGAUGAAGGAGGACGUUGGGACGAGGAUCAUCGUCGUAUGUGUUGGCUCAGUCUGUGGAGCUUUGGCUAUGGCCAUCUGUGAGUUUGUAUCCGCGUCUUCGAAGUUUGAAAUCAAGGAAGCUCGGUUGAAAAGAGGAGAAGAAUUGACGGACGACGAAACAAACUUACCAUGCCCGCUUAUGGCUGCCAUGGCCGCAGCAGGUGGGUUCGCCUGCAGCGCUAUCUUCCCGAUCGUGGCGGCACCCAUAAGAGAGUACAAGGUGAGGUUGGCGGCGGCGGCGGGUGUGGCGAGCGUUGCCUCGCCAGCGCUUGGAAUGUUGAUAGCUCGUUUGGGGAAGGCACCGGUAGUUAACUCAUCUUUGAGCUUUUUGAUCGGGGGGUGGCUUCUCAUGGCAAGCGCCUUUGCCUUCAUAAAAUUUUUGGAUGAGAUCCGAUGCGAAAAAGAACCAAUCUGUGGAUAUAAAUAA